AUGCUGCACGCGCUCACCACGCGCCGGCACGCCGGCGACUUGCGCAGAUUCCAGGAGAUUGUGGAGGAGACAUUCGUGGUGAGCGGCACGCCGAGCAUCGGGGACUUCUUCCCGGCGCUGCGAUGGGUCGACCGUCUCCGCGGCGUUGAGGCGGCGCUUGCAGGCCUACAGACAAGGCGUGACGCCUUCGUUGCUGGCCUCAUCAAUAACCGCCGGCAAAUGCGCAGCGCCGGUGGCCGAGACGUGGAGAAGAAGGGCGUAAUCGACGUGCUCUUGGAGCACCAAGAAGUCGAUCCCGGGUAUUACACUGACACCGUCGUCAAAGGCAUCGUCUUGGUAAUGCUCACGGCCGGCACCGAUACAUCGGCGCUAACCACCGAGUGGGCGAUGGCGCUGCUGCUGAAGCACCGUGAGGUGAUGGCGAAGACGAGGGCCGAGAUAGACGCCAAUGUCGGCAUGAGCCGACUGGUUGAGGAGUCGGACAUCACCAACCUACCUUACCUGCAAUGCGUUGUCAAGGAGACCCUUCGACUCUGCCCCGUCGGCCCAGUCAUCCCAGCACACGAGGCCAUGGAGGACUGCACCGUGGGUGGCUUCCAUGUGCAGCGUGGCACGAUGAUCCUCGUGAACGCAUGGGCGAUCCACCGGGACGCCAAUGUCUGGGAUGCACCAGAGGAGUUCAGGCCAGAGAGGUUCUUGGGCAGAGACGCGGUCACCAUGCCCAUGCUGCCGUUCGGGUUUGGCAGGAGGCGAUGCCCCGGUGAGGGGCUGGCAAUGCGAGUCGUAAGCUUGACACUGGCAGCACUCCUGCAGUGCUUUGAGUGGGAUGUUGGUGAAGGCGAUACCAUCGACAUGGCUGAAGGUGGUGGACUGACAAUGCCAAUGGCGACGCCAUUGGCGGCUGUCUGCCGGCCCCGGGAGUUUGUCAAGAGUGUGUUCUGUGCUUCCAUUUGA